AUGUCAGCCACUAGUCCUCUUCCUUCAGAUAUAGCAUCUACAUCAGCAUCCACUCCUGCAAUGUCAACCACUAGUCCUCUUCCUUCAGAUAUAGCAUCUACAUCAGCAUCCACUCCUGCAAUGUCAACCACUAGUCCUCUUCCUUCAGAUAUAGCAUCACAUCAGCAUCCAAUCCUGCAAUAUAUAGCAUCUACAUCAGCAUCCACUCCUGCAAUGUCAACCACUAGUCCUCUUCCUUCAGAUAUAGCAUCUACAUCAGCAUCCACUCCUGCAAUGUCAACCACUAGUCCUCUUCCUUCAGAUAUAGCAUCUACAUCAGCAUCCACUCCUGCAAUGUCAGCCACUAGUCCUCUUCCUUCAGAUAUAGCAUCUACAUCAGCAUCCACUCCUGCAAUGUCAACCACUAGUCCUCUUCCUUCAGAUAUAGCAUCUACAUCAGCAUCCCACCUGCAAUGUCAAUCCCCCUGCAAUGUCAAAUACUGGUCUUCUUCCUUCAGAUAUAGCAUCUACAUCAGCAUCCACUCCUGCAAUCAUCUACAUCAGCAUCCACUCCUGCAAUGUCAGCCACCUAGUACUCUUCCUUCAGAUAUAGCAUCUACAUCAGCAUCCACUCCUGCAAUGUCAACCACUAGUACUCUUCCUUCAGAUAUAGCAUCCACAUCAGAUUCCACUCCUGUAAUGUCAACCACUAGUACUCUUCCUUCAGAUAUAGCAUCCACAUCAGAUUCCACUCCUGCAAUGUCAACCACAGUCCUUCCUUCCAGAUAUAGCAUCUACAUCACCACUCUGCAAUAUAUAGCAUCUACAUCAGCAUCCAAUCCUGCAAUGUCAGCCACUAGUCCUCUUCCUUCAGAUAUAGCAUCUACAUCAGCAUCCACUCCUGCAAUGUCAACCACUAGUCCUCUUCCUUCAGAUCUAGCAUCUACAUCAGCAUCCAGUCCUGCAAUGUCAGCCACUAGUACUCUUCCUUCAGAUAUAGAAUUCACAUCAGCAUCCACUCCUGCAAUGUCAACCACUAGUACUCUUCCUUCAGAUAUAGCAUCUACAUCAGCAUCCACUCCUGCAAUGUCAGCCACUAGUACUCUUCCUUCAGAUAUAGCAUUCACAUCAGCAUCCACUCCUGCAAUGUCAACCACUAGUACUCUUCCUUCGGAUAUAGCAUUCACAUCAGCAUCCACUCCUGCAAUGUCAGCCACUAGUCCUCUUCCUUCAGAUAUAGCAUUCACAUCAGCAUCCACUCCUGCAAUGUCAGCCACUAGUCCUCUUCCUUCAGAUAUAGCAUCUACAUCAGCAUCCACUCCUGCAAUGUCAGCCACUAGUCCUCUUCCUUCGGAUAUAGCAUCUACAUCAGCAUCCACUCCUGCAAUGUCAGCCACUAGUACUCUUCCUUCGGAUAUAGCAUCUACAUCAGCAUCCACUCCUGCAAUGUCAGCCACUAGUACUCUUCCUUCGGAUAUAGCAUCUACAUCAGCAUCCACUCCUGCAAUGUCAGCCACUAGUACUCUUCCUUCGGAUAUAGCAUCUACAUCAGCAUCCAUUCCUGCAAUAUUAGCCACUAGUACUCUUCCCCUCAGAUAUAGCAUCUACAUCAGCAUCCACUCCUGCAAUGUCAGCCACUAG